AUGACAAUCGACAACAGCAUUCGCGAACAAGCAGACUCAUCUCAGAGAACCUCUUCAGAUAGGCGCGAUGACGACAUUGAGGAGUAUGCCGACAUCAUCCCUGCGAGGUCCAAAACUGCAAAAGGAGCUUCAUUGUUUCUGGGGUGUUCGAUCGGCACAGCACUCAGCCCCAACGUCCCGGCGUUCUUCGUGUUCCGCAUCCUCACUGCUUUUGCUGGCACAUCGUUCCUUGUCACCGGUCCUGCUGUGAUUGGCGACUUGUAUCAUCCUACAGAACGCGCGACUGCGAUGGGAUGGUUCUUAUCCGGCACACUCAUUGGACCGACGAUUGGCCCAGUUCUCGGAGGCAUCAUCGUGACCUACACAUCUUGGCGCGCCAUCUUCUGGCUUCAAACCGCGCUCGCUGGCGUCGGCGUUGGAGGCGCUAUACUGUUCAUGCCAGAGACGCUACAAGAACUCAAAAAGGCAGGUCUCGAAGGGCUUGCAUUCAGUAAAAAGGUCAGCGUGCUAUGGGGUAUGACGAACCCGGUCAGAGUUGUUCGACUAUUCAAGUUUCCGAACCUCAUCCUGGUGGCAAUCGCCAGUGGCUCGCUCGUAUGGAACAUGUAUGGCAUGCUGACCCCGAUCCGAUACGUUCUCAACCCUCGUUUCUCUUUGACGUCACCGGCGCAAUCGGGCUUAUUCUACUUGGCUCCGGGCUGCGGCUAUCUUGCUGGUACCCUUGUAGGUGGCCGCUAUGCCGAUUAUACAGUUCGGCGCUGGAUAGCCGAGCGACACGGACGACGCAUUUCCGAAGACCGGCUGCGCUCUUGCCUUCCCUUCUUGGGGGCCGUUCUGCCGGGAUGCAUGCUCAUUUACGGGUGGACAGUCCAGCAGCGCGUCGGCGGCAUUGCUGUACCCGUCGUUUUCAUGUUCCUCGGGGGUGUAUCACAGCUGUUCUGUUUCCCCAGUCUGAACACAUACUGCUUGGAUGUUAUACAGGGACGCAGCGCGGAGGUGAUUGCGGGCAACUUUAUGGUAAGAUACCUUUUUGGUGCUGCUGGAUCGGCUGUCGUACUUCCAGCAAUCAAGGUCAUUGGGGUUGGAUGGUUUAGCACCAUUUCUGCUGGCUUCUUGGUGAUUGGGGCUCUCAGCAAGUAG